AUGUCGCUACAAAAUACACCUACUAUGUCGAAAGCCUCUAAGAGAAAUUUGCGUAAGAAAGAACUACGCAUCAUAAAAAAAGCUAAAAUUGAAAAAUCCGAUAGCUUGAUCGUCGGAGAGGGUAUUUCCAAUUCUAAUGCUAAUCAUAUCGAAGAAAGUAUGAACAUAUUUUACGAUCUUUUAAAA